AUUAUCCUCGCGACCAGCGCAACCCAAAUAAUUUUUGUCUACGAAAAACAAAGCAACCACACACCCACCAUCAAUAUACAUAUAUCGACUUUAGAAUCAAAGAAGGUCACCAAGUUAAAAUAAUUUACUUCAGAGGGGAAGUUAAUAUUUCUACUCCUCUCUUCACCGCCGGCCGGCCGGCGACCGUCGCCGCCCCCCCUCCCGGCUUUUCUCCCUCUUCUCUUCGAGAUCAAGGAUUUUGUAAUGGACAAGCAUCAUGAAAGCAGUGCAUCCAAUUUCCUUGAAGGUGUAUGGUGCUUUCUACGUAAGUGCCUCUUUUCUGUGCUCUCUUUUGGUCCCAUACCUAAACAUAUUGCAUUUAUCAUGGAUGGAAAUCGUAGAUUUGCCAAGAGCAGGAAUGUCAAAAAGGGUGCUGGCCACAGGGUUGGUUUCACAGCUCUCACCUCUGUUCUCCAAUACUGCUAUGAGAUGGGUGUGAAGUACGUCACCGUGUAUGCUUUCAGUAUCGACAAUUUUAAACGACAACGUGAUGAGGUCCAGUCAUUGAUGGAUCUAAUGAAGGAGAAAAUCGAUGAAUUGCUAAUGAAAGAAAGCAUUGUGAACAAAUAUGGAGUUAAAAUUAAUUUCUGGGGGAACCUGAGUCUUUUGAGCGAACCAGUACGAUUAGCAGCUGAGAAGGCAAUGGCAAGCACUGCCAGGAACACAGGACCAGUGUUUUCAGUAUGCGUGGCCUACACCUCGACAAAUGAGAUUGUGCAUGCCAUUGAAGAAUCAUUUGUGGAAAAAGGGGACAGAAUACAAGAAAGGUACUGCAAUAGUUAUAGUGAUGAAUCAAUUUGGGCAGAUAACAUGGAUGGUGUGAUUUCAGUCACUGAUUUGGAGCAGCACUUCUACACAGCUGAUUGUCCAGAUCCAGAUAUUGUGAUCAGGACAUCUGGAGAGAGUCGGCUUAGUAAUUUCCUUUUGUGGCAAACUACUUUUAGCCACUUGCAGAAUCCAGUCCCUUUAUGGCCUGAGUUCUCAUUUAGGCACCUGAUUUGGGCUGUUUUACAGUACCAGAGGGUCUACCCUUAUCUAGAACAUAGGAGAAGCUCAAGUAAAAGAAACUUUGAGACCUAACUCUUAUGUUUUGCUUCAGAAAUUGUACCAUAUUCCAUUACAUUGAAGUGUGUUAUAAUGAAUUUAAUGAUAACUAGCCUCUACAUCAGUCAGAAGCAAUGAGCCAAGGUUAUCUGUUAUAAAAUGCCAUGCUGUUGCAGUUUUGUGUUGGCAUUAUUGUUCGAGGAUGACAUCCUUGAUAAAGAGGUUGAAAUUUGAAAAGGGAAAGUUAUUAUAUAUUUUUCUUGAAGAUUCUUCAUUUUGGUGCAGUACCAUAUUACAGUGGGGAUUUGCGUGAACUUGACGGAUAACUUCUGUCAUAUGAUGGUUCCACUGUUUUCCACAGGCAUAUGCCCAUUCAUUCAAACUGCUUUUUUGCUGCUGUUUUCAGUUGUCCUUGUUUUCUCCAAGGCUAUAUUUAUUCAAGGUUACAAUCAUUUAAUACAGUCUCUUGGUUUUCACCAUUGAGCUCGUUUGACAAGUGAACAUUGUUCUUAGCUAUUAUUUAGUGCCUGUACUAGUCAAUCAGCAUAUAUUAGUUCCUUCUGCAUUUAAGGUUUUAUACAACAUACUACAGUAGUUGCUGUACCUUGACUUACACAGGCAUCUGACCAGAUGAGGCAACAUCCUAUCUGAACAGGAACACAUCCCUUUCGAACAUACUACAAUGUUCCUCUAAGUUUCCGUCAGAAAUUUGUGAUAUUGCUUUUCAAGAACAUGAUUGUUCUGAUUCUUUUUGAUAAUAUCAUUAGUAUAAUGAGUAGUUUCUGGCCACUUCAUUCCAAGGAUGCACAAAAAUUUUGUCAACAGUUUUCUUAUUAAUGCCUGUAUUUCUCAGUAAAUGCAAAUUUUUUUGGAGCACAAUCAGUUUUGUUAGUUUUGGAUGCUGAAAUAUGCUAAACAUAAAGCUUGAUAUAAAAUAAGCUUUGAUCUAUUACUUU